AGUAAACACUGCAAUGGGGAAUAAAGAUGCUACAUUGAGUACAAUCACCACAACAUCAACUGUUACAGUUUCUUCAAAUAGGAUGAAUUCAUCUAUAAAAAAGAAUAGUGGAAACAACGAGAAUUUAAAAUCUAACGAACAACUAACAAAGAAUACAUCAAUCGUAACUGCAAAUCAAUCUAGUUCUACUUUCAGUAGUGUAAGAGGUGUUACUGCAACAUGUGUUGGUGGUAAUGUUUCUCACGAGAGUACAUCCAAGUCCAAAGAUUACUCCACUAAAAAGUUUUCCAGUGAAAUUGAUUCGAAAAUGAAGAAUUAUCAAAUACAAUCCGAAUACAAAGAAUCAUCUGUAAACAAUCAGGAUUACAAAACAAGGAAUAGCACAACUAUGAAUAACUUAUCAUCGAGAUUCGUAAACCAGUCGUCGGUUCAAACGUUGCACAGGGAGAACCAUGGAACUGCUUCCAGUACACAUCAAUCUCGGCCAGCGUCACGGAACGAUAACACCGCAUUUGCCGUAGCUAGGAAAGCAUUGGAGCAACAGAAUCCUGCAUCGAAGAUGACACCGAUCAAUUUUCCACCACUGCGUGCUCCACAGAGCAUCGUAAAUGUUCGUCAUCCUUUUGUCACAGAAGCAAGAACCAAGCAUAAUGAUAUUGGUGGUCCAAACUCCAAAUCGAAACUGAAUGUAGCGAGUUCUCUGCAAAGUGGUGUGAAGGAUCUUGAUCAUAGUAGGCAAACCUUCCAUAGCUAUGGUACAUCACAGAUCGCUGGUAUUCCAAAUGUUCAAAAUUUAAGCAAUGUCACGGCGAAUAUGUCACCUUAUGCCAGACCGGAAAGCUUCCCUCAGCCAACCGUUGCAAGUGUGCUAUUUCCUGACACAUCUCAGUUUCCUCAAUCACCUCCAUUCAGUACAACGCAAAUUGGACAGCUGAAUCAAUAUCAAACAUAUGAUCCUGGCAGUUUUGCAACUACACCAGUGAAUGUGAACCCAGUAAUCCCUCAAUUCUCUGCAGAGAGUUCUAUUCCGUAUCCGCAAUACGACAAUCCUCCUCAAUUCGUGCAACCUAAUCAUUAUCCGACUGCGGAUAUAGCGAAUAGUCAGUAUCAGUAUCAAGCGGGUGUAGGACAACUACAAGAGUCACCAAUGUUCAUACAAAGCCUGCAAAGUCCUAUCGCCGUAACGGAUCAGUAUGCUGCUCCAAAUUAUGCUAGAACGGUUAGGGCAGAAUUGAUACCACGAUUGAGGAGGCCACCAAGAUUUAACAAAUAAAAAUGAUUUUUUACAUUCAUACACACACACGCGCGCGCGUGCACACACACACACACACAGGCGCGCGCGCACGCACACACACAUACAUGCAUUCACACGCACACGCAAUAUAUAUUAUACAUACACAAUAUAUUCUUGAAUAAAAAUUCGUAGCCGUAAAUGAAGAAAGGAUAAAAACGAGGAACAUAAAUCGAAUGAUAACGGCACGAAUUCAUGGAAUCGUAUUAUACCUUUCAAUAGAAAUGAAUGAACGUCCACGUGUAUCUUGCGUGCAGAAAUAAUCGGGAAAUUUGCCAAUCUACUUGGUUGAACUAUCGAUAUGUUAAGUGGAGGAGAUUUGGUAAAAGUUAUUUCAAUUUCUGAUCCAUUUUGAAAUAAAUUUUAACCAGUCUAUGCGAAUUAAUGCGCGUGUGGAAGUGAUAACUAGUAUUUUGGCAAAAUUGCACGAGAUACACGGUUAGCGUUAUUAGUAGUCGUUCGAAGAAAUUCUGUCUGAAAUGGUUUGAUACGUAAAUACAUGUACAAAGCAGAAACGUAUUACGCAGUGAAGAGAGAAGAAAAAAUCAUUUUGACUUGUUUCCAUCAUUAAAUGUGACACGGCAGGGCAUAAUAAGUUGAGCUCGAUAUAAUUUUGUGACGUAAUUUAUCUAAUAUCAUUGAAAUUCGAGACAGAGAGAAAGAAGAGAAGGGGAAAAAGAUGGAGAAAGAGAGAGAGAAAGAGAAAAGUUAUUACAACCAGAUUGUUAAAUUGUACAUAAAUUAUAACUAUUGAUAAGAAUAGUUUCAUUUCUAUAAAUAUAUAGUAUUCGCGGAAAUAUGGUUCUGGACAAAUUUGUUUUCGGUCAAUCGAAGAAAGCAAAUUUGUUAGUAAAUGGAGCAGAACCCAUAGCCAUGUUGCACAUAAAAAUCGAUAGAAACGAAGAAAGAUUUGUGAAAUAAAAAGAAAAGAGAAAAGCAACUGAAUUAUAAUUAUAAUAACGAUAAGUUCUAGUUUUAAUGAAUGGUAUCUUACAAGCUAUACUUUGCAUAGAAUUAGUGGAGGUUUUCCAAUAUUUGCAUAUUACUUAGCUUACUGCUAUGUUUUUAAUGUGCUUCACUAUUUAUAUAUGGAAUGGCGGUGUAACGAUGUUCAUUGCAAUGCGACCGCAUGCAAGGAUGAUUCAUUUCUAAUAGGAAGAAGAAAGUGAAAAGAGUAACAUUCAACAUAUGUCAAGUAACUCGCUUAAUUUGAACAUCGUGUCUCCAUUGAACGUAUGCACAAUGCAAACGUAGCUUUCGGCGAUCCGAAUAUAAUGAAGGCGAUCGCGAUAAAGUAACGAUAUAAUCUUUCAGUGGUGUAUGUUUUUCCUUUAGUAUGGUAGCUCAUAAACUCAUAAGCAUCACAUAUUAAUACGCGUAAAAUUAAUCGUUAAGGGAAAUCCUCAUUAAGUACGCAUUUCGUAUUAAACGAAACUAUAUAUUCGUAUGUAUUGAAUUUUUUAAAUUGUCUACGUGCGUCGACGUCACCGGAUAAGACAUUUAUAUUAAACGGAAAAGAGAAUAACAAUAUCGCGUAUGGACAUAUAUACCGUAAAGAGGAUACGAUCAGGAAUCAAAAAGAAAAAAGAAGGGAAAAGAAGAAAAGUGAAGGUAAGACGGGGAAAAAGAUGAAAACGAAAUAAAAGGAAAAGGUAGACAUAUUGCGUAACAAUGCAAUUUUUAACUGUGGAUCAUCAUCCUGUUUGUGAAUAAUGUGGAAUGCGAAAAAGAAUUAUUGCUUUUCCAAUGAAUCAAGAGAAUAAGCCAGAAAACGUUCGUUGUAACAUCGACAGACGGACAGUGCGAAUUUUUAUCUUGCGUUCGAUUAUUAUUCCUGUGUAACAGGAAUCUGUGUGUGCAUACGCAAUUUCGUUCAGCGAUGAUUUUUAUCCCCGUUCAUUUGCAAGAAACGAAUCUCGUUGAUUACCAAUGGUCUAGUGCUGUUAUUAGAUAUUAGAUAGAGAUAAAUUAUAUUUAUGUCUCGAAAAUUCGGGGAUGAAAACGAAUUUAUUCACAUACUGUCUUACUUUCCCGUAUUUCUCAUUGGAAAGAUUAACGCGUAUUAUAAUUAUUGUUAAUUUAUAAAGUAUCGAAUAUAACAAUAGGAUCGAAAGUGAAAUGCAAAUAAAAUGUGAAAUUUUCCGUGUAAAAAAUGUCAUGUAUGAAAUAGUGUAUGCAUACUGCAUUAAUCAUCGAUUCGAUAUAGUGGUGCAAUAACAAGCCCAUGGAUAGCCGCGCGUAACUGCGAUACCUUGCCCGCGCAUUCGACGUUAUUGAUAGUACAAAAAGUUCAUUUCCUGUAAGGAUAAAUCGCAUUGCGGGUCAGGGUAUCACGGAAAUGCGUAGAAUUGCGUGGAAGGGAGAGAGAGAGAGAGAGAGAGCGAGAGAGAGCGAGCGCAAGCGCGCAUGAGAAAGAGAGAGACAGAGAGAGAGAGAGAGAGAGCGAGCGAGCGCAAGCGCGCACGAGAAAGAGAGAGAGAGAGAGAGAGAGAAAGAGUGAGAGCGAGAUAAAUAGUAGAAGCGAGUGAGUGAGCGAAACGAUAAUGUGCCUCGACGACACGAGUAUCCGGAGGAGAUAAAGGAAAAUUAAUGAAACCCUAAGCCUAAGGUGAUGUCUCAAGAAUUGCGACAUAAUUUUCUGGUCGGGCAUAUUUCAUACAUUUGGAAAAUAGGCAUUACUUACAUGCAAAGUAUAGAAUGUGUAUGCGUGUAAACGAAAGUACACUGCUAGAUUGAUACCGCAAUCAGUUAUUUCUUUAAGGAUACAAAAAAGUGAUAAAAAAGAAAUGAGAGAAAACUAGAAACUCAUUGUAGAAAGAACAGAAGCAUUAUAGAACACAGCGAUUCGAUUUGCGGAUCGUAAUCGUUGAAACUAACGAAAUUUCUUCUGAAACGCUUAAUUGCUACUACGGGUGAUGAUAAUUUUCUGUAAUUAUUAUAUUUAUUUUUUUAGGAUGUAUACAUGGAAUUAGAAAAUUCGUCAUGUCUUCUGUUUUGACGUUCGAUUCCAUUUAGCAUGAGAUAUUUUUUAAUUUUUUAAUAAUUUCUUUCCUUUUUUUGUUUCAAACUAUGAAGCGCUGCUUCGCGUAUUGAAAGUUUGACUACAGUUUCAUGCGUAUCCUCCACUUGUAAGCAGUUUUCUGUGCCAAUCGAGAUUAAUUCGUUGCGAGAUCUGACUUCAGAUGGUAAAACGGAUACAAUACCAAACAGCGCCUCAUCGCCGAAAGGCGUUAUAGAAAAGUUGUUGAAACUUGCCAGUUCGUAAGAGAACAUAUCAACACAUAGUGUGAAAUUGGAAGAAAAUGAUAUAUUGUAUACUUGUCAGAAGAAUCGCUCUUUCUAUUAAACGAAAAGUUUUGUAUAUUUUUGUUUAUCAGAGAAAUUUCGAAUUGAUGGCGGUACAAAUUUUUUGAUGUACGUCCUAUUUUCGAAGAAGAAUUUUUUAUUUUUGUUUUAAACUAUGCAAAGUCGUAACUUGUUCUUUAUUUUUUUUUGUUUAUGAUAAAAAUCAAUGCUAUAUGUAUUUUUUACGUAUACAAAAAAAGGCGAUACAGUAAAAUUCUUCGCAUUUUACAAUGAUAUAUGCACCCUUGAAAUAAAAUUGGAAAAAUUUUUCUAAACCGUUGAUCGUAAUCGAAACGCCUCGUCGAUCUUUCUCGAUUUCGCUUUAGCUUUCUGUACUGCGAAUACCAGGAGAAUCCCCGAGAGCGUUUAAAGAUCGAGUCGAUCCAUCGAUCAAAAAUUGUUAAUCGAUGCGAUUAGUUUGCUUGAAAAAAAUUAGUCGAUUCGAUUAACUACUUCAAAAAAUAAACGAAAAAGAAGAAAAACAAAGCGUCGAUUUAUCGUACCUUGACAUCACUUGAUAUUCUGUUGUUUAAAGGGAGGGGACGAUAAUUUCGAGCGAAAAAAAAGAUUAGCGUGCGAUCUGGCUAUCGAAUAGCGAAUUAAAAGCAUAAUGAAGGAAAUAUUGUGAUGCAUAAUGAGACAAAAUAUUAUAAUAGAGAGAGAAAAAUAGACUUCCCAUCUUCUUCGACUACGGGGAAGCACUUCUUCGUGGACCAACCUAGGAACGAGAAAAGGGGACGAGAUGCUUUCGGUUCGAUCCACGAGAAUAUAGCCAAUAUAAUACUUUCUUUUUGCCCAUCACAUCUAUCACGAUAUUAUAUUAUAUACAUAUACAUAUAUAUACUUCGUUUCUCUUUUCUCGUUCGUAUCCUUUACCACGGAAGCGGCCUUCUAAGCUGCGCAAAAGAAGAACUUGAUUUCCAACGACUUUUGAAGUCAAUGGACGAAUAAAAAAAAAUGAAAGAGGAAAAGAAAGGUUUAUUAGCAUCUUUCAACGGGAUCCGUCGAGUCUCGUGUAUUAAGUAAAGAAUAAAUUGAAAUUAAGCCAACACGAAACGACUAUAUAUUUUACUUAUGAUUUUACUGUUUAAGCGUUGCUGCGUUUUGUAACGAUUUUGCAUACAAAGGAAAUUAAAAUGAAACGAAGAAAUUUCUGUAGAUUGAAAGGUACAUUUUCGAAAAUAUUUUGCGAACGAAUGAACUUCCAUUGCAUCUAUCUUCAUUGUCUCUAUCCUUUUACCCCACCCUCAUAGACAUACUUAUUUACCUAUCUACCUAUAUACGAAUACCUAUAUACACACGCGUGCGCGCGAUAUCGAAAUACAAUUGUAGAAAAGAAAAAAAUCAUCAACUACCAAUUUCCUUAAUCUUUCCAGUACGAUCGAUUUUUUAAAUAAGCGAGAGCAAAUGAGAGAGAAAGAGACAAAAGAGCCUUAGAAGAAAGAAGGUAAUAUUAGUCUAUGACAAAAAAAGGAGGAAGAAGUAUUAAAAUUUUAGUAUCGAUGUGUAGACGAUAUUUGUCGAUAAUUUCCAUUCCCUUUCUGUGAACUUGGAAUUCUUAUUGCAGAAUCGUCUACCGGAUAGUGAAGAAUACCAUGUAAAUUUCAACGAUACGAAGGAUAUGUAGAUAUUAAUUUGUUCCUUACUGUAAGGAGAAAAAGGAAAAGAAGAGGAAAAAAACACUUUUAUAAGAUGUAUAAUAUCAAAGAUCCAGUAUGUCUGGAUGUAAUUUGUAAUUUUUAUAUGUGGAGGGGGACGCGUUAGUGAUUUUUUUAUGUUCUCUAUUCUAUCUUUCCACUACCUUCUACUUCUUCCGCUGCCUUUCUUCCAGUCUUUCAUAUCUCCCUCUUCUUUCUUUCUUUCUUUUUUUUUUUGUAAGUUAAAUUAUUCUGUGUUUUGUAAAGUAAUAUCGUCGGUUUUGUAUAAUCGACACGAUUUACCGGCACACAACACGGACAUGACAUACAGAUAACGACUUAAAAUAAUAUAGCGAGACUCGUUUCUGUAAACGAGAGGCAUAUAAUAUCUAUAAUCAAGGUUGUUUUAUGUAUGAUUGUGCGUGUAACAUUGUUAAUAAACUAACGAUGCUUAUGAAA